AUGGUGGAACCCUGGGUACUGCCAGCAUCUGAACUCCCUGUUCCCCAGAGCUAUGGGUCAGGCACACGUGUCUUUUCAGAUAGGGACACGUUGAAAGGAUUCGAUGCCAGCAAUGCCCUCGUCCUGCCCGGGAAGAAGAAAAAAAAGACCAAGGCCCCUCCACUGCCCAAGAAGAAGAGGCCUCUGACCAAGAAAGAGCGGAAAGCGCUGCAGAAAAUCCUAGAACAGAAGGAGAAAAAGACCCAGCGUGCACAGAUGCUGCAGAAACUGAGUGAGGUCCAGGUUUCCGAAGCAGAGAUGAGGCUCUAUUACACCACGUCCAAGCUGGGCACUGGGGACCGCAUGUACCACACCAAAAAGAAGGCUGACGAGGUGACGGCCCAGGGCCCGGAGAAGAUCAGCAGCCUCAGUGGGGCCCGCCGGAAGCGCCGCCUCCAGGAGUCAGAAGAAGAGUCUGAGUCCUCAGUGGAGUCUGAGCCCGAUGAGGCCCCGGACCCUGAGCAGGUGGAGGCUGGUACAGAGAUGAUGGCCCUGCGUCUGCCACCAGCUCAGCCGGGGGACGUAGGGGAGAGCCCGGUGCCCAGUGGUCCACCUGCUCCUGCCGGGACUCCUGCAGCUCCUUCAGCUUCUCUGGCUGCAGCCUCCUUUCUGCCCAGGCCCCCCUCGAAGCCGGCCGUCUUCAUACCUGUGAACCGCUCCCCGGAAAUGCAGGCAGAGCGCCUGAAGCUCCCGAUUCUCUCUGAAGAGCAAGUGAUCAUGGAGGCGGUGGCUGAGCACCCCGUCGUCAUUGUGUGUGGUGAGACGGGCAGUGGGAAGACCACGCAGGUACCCCAGUUCCUCUACGAAGCAGGCUACAGCAGUGGCGACAGCAUCAUCGGCGUGACGGAGCCCCGGCGAGUGGCUGCCAUGGCCAUGUCCCAGCGUGUGGCCAAGGAGAUGAACCUGUCCCAACGGGUUGUCUCCUAUCAGAUCCGCUACGAAGGGAACGUGACGGAAGAGACCAGGAUCAAGUUCAUGACAGACGGUGUGCUGCUCAAGGAAAUCCAGAAGGACUUCCUGCUGCUGAAGUACAAGGUGGUGAUCAUCGACGAGGCCCACGAGCGCAGUGUGUACACGGACAUCCUCGUUGGCCUCCUCUCCCGCAUCGUGUCUCUCCGGGCAAAGAGGCUGCUGCCGCUGAAGCUGCUCAUCAUGUCCGCCACGCUGCGGGUGGAGGACUUCACCCAGAACCAGCGGCUCUUCCCCGAGCCGCCCCCAGUCAUCAGGGUGGAGUCCCGGCAGUUCCCGGUGACGGUGCAUUUUAACAAGCGGACGCCACUGGAAGACUACAGCGGGGAGUGCUUCCGGAAGGUGUGCAAGAUCCACCGCAUGCUGCCCGCAGGUGGCAUCCUGGUGUUCCUGACCGGGCAGGCGGAGGUGCACGCGCUCUGUCGCAGGCUACGGAGGGCCUUCCCGCAGGACCGACGCAGGCCGCCAGACCAGGAAGACCAGGAAGACUCAGUGGCAGAAACAAGGAAGUUUAAGAAGUCGCGGGCGAGGGCGCGGAAGGCCCAGGCGGCGACGUUACCCAAGAUCAGCUUAGACUGUUACUCUGUGCUGCCGGUGGGCGAAGAUGCCGAGGACAGGGAGGCUGAGAUGGGCGAAGAGGAAGCGGCCCUGGGCUCGGACCUGGACCUGGACCUGGGGGACCAUGAAGACAGUGGAGGUGAGCAGCCGGACGCCUCGCUCCCCCUGCACGUGCUCCCGCUCUACUCUCUGCUCGCUCCAGAGAAGCAGGCGAAGGUCUUCCAGCCUCCCCCAGAGGGCACUCGCCUGUGUGUGGUGGCCACCAACGUGGCCGAGACGUCCCUCACCAUCCCGGGCAUCAAGUACGUGGUGGACUGUGGGAAGGUCAAGAAGCGGCAUUACGACCGAGUGACCGGCGUGUCCUCCUUCCGCAUCACCUGGGUCUCCCAGGCCUCCGCGGACCAGCGGGCGGGCCGUGCAGGCCGGACAGAGCCCGGCCACUGCUACAGGCUCUAUUCAUCUGCGGUUUUCAGCGACUUUGAGCAGUUUCCACCCCCUGAGAUCACCCGGAGGCCCGUUGAAGACCUGAUCCUCCAGAUGAAAGCUCUCAACAUCGAAAAGGUCAUCAAUUUCCCUUUCCCAACCCCACCCUCCGUGGAGGCCCUGCUGGCUGCUGAGGAGCUGCUGAUCGCGCUGGGUGCCCUGCAGGCACCCCAGAAAACAGAAAGGAUGAAGCAGCUGCAGAAGUCCCGGCUGAGCUGUCCCAUCACCGCACUGGGCAGGACCAUGGCCACAUUCCCCGUGGCACCCCGCUACGCCAAGAUGCUGGCGCUGAGCCCACAGCAUGGCUGCCUGCCCUACGCCAUCACCAUUGUGGCCGCCAUGACUGUCCGGGAGCUGUUUGAGGAGCUAGACAGACCAGCUGCCAGUGACGAGGAGCUGGCUACACUGAAGGUCAAGCGGGCCCGGGUAGCCCAGAUAAAGAGGACCUGGGCUGGACGGGGGGCUUCCCUGAAACUCGGGGACCUCAUGGUGCUACUGGGCGCCGUGGGAGCCUGUGAGUAUGCAGGCUGCUCGCCCCAGUUCUGCGAGGCCAACGGGCUGCGCUACAAGGCCAUGGUGGAGAUCCGGCGUCUGCGGGGCCAGCUGACCACCACAGUCAACGCCGUGUGCCCCGAAGCUGGGCUCUUCGUGGACCCCAAGAUGCAGCCACCCUCUGAGAGCCAGGUGAUCUACCUGCGGCAGAUCGUGAUGGCUGGCCUGGGCGACCACCUGGCCCGCAGGGUCCAGAGCGAGGAUCUGCUGGACGACAAAUGGAGGAACGCCUACAAGACCCCUCUCCUCAACGACCCGGUCUUCAUCCACCCCAGUUCCGUUCUCUUCAAGGAGCUCCCCGACUUCGUGGUCUACCAGGAAAUUGUGGAGACCACCAAGAUGUACAUGAAAGGAGUCUCAGCCGUGGAGGUCCAGUGGAUCCCGGUUCUGCUGCCGUCUUACUGCCAGUUCGGCAAGCCCCUGGAGGAGCCGCGCCCUGUCUACUGCCCCGAGAAGGGGCGGGUGCUGUGUCACCGGGACAGUGUGUUCUAUCGCGUUGGUUGGCAGCUCCCCGCGGUCCAGGUGGAUUUUCCCGAGGGCCUGGACUGCUACAAGCACUUUGCCCGGUUUCUGCUGGAAGGACAGGUCUUCCCCAAACUGGCCUCGUAUCAGGGCUGUUUGCUAUCCAGCCCCAACACGAUGCUGAAGACGUGGGCCAGGCUGCAGCCCAGGACAGAGAGCCUCCUGAAAGCCCUCGUUGCUGAGAAAGCCGACUGCCGGGAUGCCUUGCUGGCUGCUUGGAAGAAAAACCCCAGAUACCUGCUGGCUGAGUACUGCGAGUGGCUCCCGCAGGCCAUGCAUGCCGACGUCGAGAAGGCCUGGCCCCCCACCUCUGACCGCUGACCCAACGGCUGGCCGCAAGGCGAAGGAUUGGGCUGGGGACGGAGGGGGAUGGCAGCAGCCCCUGUCUGACAUGGUCACUCGCCCCUGGAAGCCCUUGUUCAUUGUGGCCCAUUUUGGACACCGCUUGCUGCCACCCUGGGCAGUCUGUCCCAAGGGUGACUUUGCAUAACUAUUUAUUGCGGGGCGGGUGGUGGUUUAUCUCCCAUGCUGGCCCCCUUUUUAAACUCGCUCUGUGGACUACAUUAGUCCCUGUGGAGGGGUGACUGCAGGUCCGUCCUUCCUUCUUCACGGGUGGGAUGCACCCUCCAUAGCAAGAUGGCCCUGAGGCUCCAUGCCCUCUCCUGUGGAGGGGGCACAAGGAGGGGCAUCUCCCCCGAUGGUGAGCCCCCUGCCGGCUGCUUUGCUGUAAUAAACCUUGGCGUAGAAGUCCA